GUAGCAGCAGUAGUAGUGAUAAUAGUACCUGGGAUUGAACUCAGGGCCUUGCACUUCUUAGGGAAGUGCUUUAUCAAUUGAGUUGUCUCCCUCCCUGGUCCAUUAGCUUUGGUUAUUAUCUAGAGAGGAUAUCACACUUCUUGCCUGGAACUGGCCUUGCAUCAUCCCAAGUAGCAAGGAUCAUAGACAUGUACCACAAUACCAAACUGGGAUGAUCUUUCUAUAGCAAAAUUUUGCUAAUAAUUGUUCGCUGGUGACAUCAUCCCUUGAAUGACUUCUCAUUACCUGUAAGAUACUAUCCACACACAUUGGGGUGGAUUGGGGUGGAAAGCUUUUAUGUAUCGUAUGCCUCUUAUCAAUGCCACACUCGCUAACCACACCUCAGCUAGCUCUUUUCUGAGCACAAUCCUGUUUGCUCCGGGAAAAUUAUUUGCCUUGUGCUGUUCCUUCUGCUACCACAUCUUCUUUCUUCCUACUGUACCUAAGAAAAGCCCAAGUUUCAAGCCAGAUCCUGUGUUUCUUCUUGUAGCUUUCCUAUGACCUAUGCUUUCUCAAAUGAAAAGCACAUUAUUUUCUUUUUCUUCUGUCCUUUGCUAUGGUACACAUGAAAUUCUGCCAUUUACAGCUAUUUUUCAGAUCCCUCUUUGAUAGUUUAACUUCCUUAAGGAAAACUGGUAUUUUCAUUGCUUGUUAGUAUCUUGCAAGACCUGAGGAGAACAGCAAAAGUUUGUAGAAUUGAAUUUUUAUUUUUUAUGCAUCUCACACAACUCAAGUUUUAAAUUUUGGAACUUCAUCUUCUACAUUUAAAUAAUUACUGAUUUAUAUAGUCAAAUAUACCAAACUGAUAUAAACCAUUUUUUAAGCAGAAGAGUCUUAAUUGUCAUACCCCUAUCUGUUUACCUACAGGGUAGAUAUCACCUGCUUUUCUCUCAUCACAAUGUAUACAUUGCUCCACUCUGGUUUGAAGACUCAAAUACAUUCACUUAAGAAGUCUGUGCCUCACCUUUUCCCCAGACCUAGCAUAGCUUUGUAAGUAGUGAUUAGGGAAUAAAGAGAUAAUGUUGAUGAUUCCUUUGACCAUCCCUACCAUUAAGAAAAUGUAUCUUGCAAUAUACAGGAAUCUGGGCUCCAGACCGAGAAACAUGGACUCCACCCUCUUCCUUGCUGAGCAGAGGGACAUGUCUUAAGAUAUCACGAUACCUCCAGCAACUACUAUGUUGCAGAUCUGAUCUCUUCUGAACACUUCACCGUGUCUCCAUCCAUGGGACUCUGAGCCCAGCCACUGGACUCCUUUGUUUUUGGAAUUUUGAGUGUCCACUCGUUCUGAGCCUACCUUUCCUCCCUUUCCCCCUUCUCCCUCCUGAGAACUCCUGAAGACAGUGGGAUUGUCAUGGAGUCCAGAGAAAUGCUAAGCAGCUCCCGGCAAAGAGGGGGCGGCGAGUCGGAAUUCCUGUCAGUCUCUUCAGCCAAACCCUCAUCUGUCCCUGGCUGUGCGGGAGAAACCUUGCUCUCUUCUCCCGGAUCUGGGAAGGGCCUCCCAGUGGGCGGAGAGCGCAUGGAGCCGGAGGAGGAGGACGAACUGGGCUCAGGGCGCGAUGUGGACUCCAACUCUAAUGCCGACAGUGAGAAAUGGGUGGCAGGAGAUGGCUUGGAAGAGCAGGAGUUUUCCAUCAAGGAGGCAAAUUUCACAGAAGGGAGUCUGAAGCUGAAGAUUCAGACCACAAAGCGGGCUAAGAAACCCCCAAAGAAUCUGGAAAACUAUAUCUGCCCACCUGAGAUCAAGAUCACCAUCAAGCAGUCUGGAGACCAGAAGGUGUCCCGUGCUGGGAAAAAUAGCAAAGCUACGAAGGAAGAAGAGAGAAGCCACUCCAAAAAGAAGCUCCUCACAGUCAGUGACCUUGCAGCCAAUGACUUCAAAGGAUUUCAGCCACAGGCUUAUGAGAGGCCUCAGAAACACUCAACUCUCCAUUAUGAUCCAGGCCUCCCACAGGACUUCACCAGUGACACCUUAAAACCAAAGCACCAGCAAAAAAGCAGCAGCCAGAAUCACAUGGACUGGCCCACCAACUCUGACAGUGGACCGACCAGUCAGAAUUGCUUCAUCAGUCCAGAGUCUGGUAGAGACACUACAAGCACCAGCAAGAUCCCUGCUCUUGAACCUGUGGCUUCUUUUGCAAAAUCCCAGGGAAAGAAAGGCAGUACGGGGAACACAUGGAGUCAGCUGUCUGGCAACAGCAAAGAUCUGCUUCUGGGAGGUGUAGUUCCAUCCCCCGGCAGCCACAGCUCACCAGCCCCUCCUAGCAGCUCUGUGGAAUGCAAUGGACUCCAGUCUUUGGGCGAACAAGAUGGAGGAAGUACAAAGGAGCCCCCAGAACCACCUAUGAUAAGCAGCAAGAAAAAAUCUAAUAAAAAAGAUGUGAUUAGUCAAACCAUACCAAACCCAGAUCUGGAUUGGGUCAAGAAUGCUCAUAAAGCAUUUGAUAACACAGAAGGGAAAAGGGAGGGUUACUCUGCAGAGAAUGCCCAAGAAGCAUCACCAGCGAGGCAGAACAUGAGUUCUGUCAGUAAUCCUGAAAAUGAUUCCAGUCACGUUCGGAUUACCAUCCCCAUCAAGGGACCCUCUCUAGACCCAAGCAGCCAUAAGAGGAAAAAGAGACAGACCAUUAAAGCAGUGGUAGAAAAGAUCAUCCCAGAGAAAGCCCUGGCCUCUGGGUUAGCUAUGAGCAGCGAAGUCGUUAGCAGGAUACUUUCCAACUCAGAGGGAAAUAAGAAAGACCCUCGAAUCCCUAAGUUGGGCAAAAUGAUAGAGAAUGAGUCUCCAUCAAUCAGCCUUGAAACCGGUGGGAAUACUGACAAAAUGAUCUCUGGAGGUAUUUCUAAGCAGCGCAAGCCAUCCAUGGUCAUGACACCUCCAGCACGGCCAGAUCACUCUCCAUCAAGAAAGCUGCCAGAAAUCCAACAUCCAAAAUUUGCUGCCAAACGGAGGUGGACAUGCAGCAAACCCAAACCCACCAGUAUGCUCCGAGAGGCUGUCAUGGCCUCUUCGGAUAAACUGAUGGUGGAACCGCCAUCUGCUUAUCCCAUUACCCCCUCUAGCCCUCUCUACACCAACACAGAUAGUCUUACUGUGAUCACUCCAGUCAAAAAGAAGCGGGGACGACCAAAGAAGCAACCUUUGCUCACAGUAGAGACAAUCCAUGAGGGUACUUCCACCAGCCCAGUGAGCCCCAUCAGCCGAGAAUUUCCAGGCACCAAGAAAAGAAAGAGACGACGCAAUUUAGCUAAGUUGGCCCAGCUAGUGCCAGGAGAGGACAAACCCAUGAACGAGAUGAAGUUUCACAAGAAAGUUGGAAAGCUUGGUGUGCUGGAUAAGAAGACCAUCAAAACGAUCAAUAAGAUGAAGACACUCAAGAGGAAAAACAUCUUGAACCAGAUCUUGUCCUGUUCCAGUAGCAUGGCUCUGAAGGCCAAAGCUCCCCCAGAGACCAGUCCUGCAGCAACAGCAAUUGAAAGUAAACUGGGCAAGCAGAUCAACGUGAGUAAGAGAGGAACCAUCUACAUUGGCAAGAAGAGGGGCAGGAAGCCAAGAACAGAGCUGCCGCCCCCAUCUGAAGAACCCAAAACAGCCAUCAAGCACCCCAGGCCUGUUUCUAGCCAGCCGGAUGUUCCAGCCGUGCCUUCCAACUUUCAGUCACUUGUGGCGUCUUCACCAGCAGCUAUGCACCCCCUUUCCACACAGUUAGGGGGGUCCAGUGGCAACCUGAGCCCCGCCAGCACUGAAACCAAUUUUUCAGAGUUGAAAACUAUGCCAAAUCUCCAGCCUAUCAGUGCUCUUCCAACCAAAACCCAAAAGGGACUACACAGUGGGACCUGGAAGCUGUCUCCACCCAGACUGAUGGCCAACUCCCCUUCACACCUUUGCGAGAUGGGCUCCCUGAAGGAAAUAACCUUGUCCCCCGUGAGCGAGUCCCACAGUGAAGAGACGAUCCCAAGCGACAGUGGCAUCGGGACAGACAACAAUAGCACGUCUGACCAAGCAGAAAAGAGUUCAGAAUCCCGGCGGAGGUAUUCUUUUGACUUCUGCUCCCUGGACAACCCGGAGGCCAUUCCAUCCGACACCAGCACAAAGAACCGCCAUGGCCACCGGCAGAAGCACCUCAUCGUGGAUACCUUUCUGGCCCAUGAAAGCCUCAAAAAGCCAAAGCACAAGAGGAAACGGAAAAGCCUGCAAAACCGUGAUGAUCUCCAGUUUCUAGCCGAGCUGGAAGAACUCAUCACCAAAUUCCAAGUGUUCAGGGUCUCCCACAGGAGCUACACCUUCUACCAUGAGAAUCCAUAUCCCAGCAUUUUUCGGAUUAAUUUUGACCACUACUACCCGGUGCCAUAUAUCCAGUAUGACCCGUUGCUCUAUCUUCGCAGGACUUCAGACUUGAAGUCAAAGAAGAAGCGUGGUAGGCCUGCAAAAACCAAUGACACCAUGACAAAGGUGCCUUUUUUACAAGGGUUCAGCUACCCUAUUCCCAGUGGAAGUUACUAUGCACCCUAUGGAAUGCCUUACACAUCAAUGCCUAUGAUGAACCUCGGUUACUACGGUCAGUACCCAGCGCCUCUGUACCUGUCGCACACGCUUGGAGCAGCUUCCCCGUUCAUGAGGCCAACAGUGCCACCACCUCAGUUUCACCCAAGCUCCCAUGUGAAGAUGUCCGGGGCAGCUAAACAUAAAGCAAAGCAUGGAGUACAUCUUCAGGGGCCUGUGAGCAUGGGCCUCAGUGACAUCCAGCCAUCCCUGAACCCUCCCAAGGUGGGUGGGGCCACCCUGGCCAGCAGUCGGCUCCACAAGCGGAAACAUAAACACAAGCAUAAGCACAAGGAAGACCGGAUCUUAGGGACCCAUGACAACCUGAGUGGUCUCUUUGCAGGCAAAGCCACAGGCUUCUCCAGCCUCCUGAGUGAGCGGCUGAGCAGCGCAGAUAAAGAGCUCCCAAUGGUGAGUGAGAAGAGCAAGCAUAAGGAGAAACAGAAGCACCAGCCCAGUGAAGCCAGCCAGAAAGCCUCCAAGAACAACUUUGAGGUGGACACUCUGUCUACACUGUCACUUUGUGAUCCUCAGCAUUGGACGCAGGCCAAGGACAAAGGCGAUUUGAGCAGUGAGCCUGUGGACUCGUGUGCUAAGAGGUAUUCUGGAAGUAGUGGGGACAGUGGCAGUGUAAGAUCAGAAAGCUUGGACGUGUUCAAUGAAAUGAAUCCUUCGAAUGACAAGUGGGACAGUGACCUGAGUGGGAGUAAAAGGAGGAGCUUUGAAGGCUUUGGGACGUACAGGGAAAAGGACAUCCAAGCCUUCAAGAUGAACCGCAAGGAGAGAAGUGCUUAUGACUCUUCCAUGUCUCCAGGGCUGCCAAGUCCUCACUUAAAAGUGGACCAGACAACAGCGCAUAGUAAGAGCGAGAGCUCAGUGUCCACCAUGAUGACCAGGAAGAAGCCCGCUGCAGUGGACAGUGUUGCAAUUCCACCCACUCCAGUGUUAUCACUCCUCGCCGCAUCUGCAGCCACGUCAGACGCAGCCAGCUCCUCCCUGAAGAAGCGAUUCAAGCGGCGGGAGAUUGAAGCCAUCCAGUGCGAAGUGAGGAAGAUGUGCAACUACACCAAGAUACUGUCCACCAAGAAGAACCUGGACCACGUGAACAAGAUCCUGAAGGCCAAGCGGCUGCAGAGACAAUCAAAGACAGGCAACAACUUUGUCAAGAAGAGGCGAGGGCGUCCCCGGAAGCAGCCCACCCAGUUCGAUGAGGACUCCAGAGACCAAAUGCCAGUGCUGGAAAAAUGCAUCGACCUGCCCAGCAAAAGGGGCCAAAAGCCUAGCCUGAGCCCACUUGUACUGGAGCCAGCCACCAGCCAGGACACCAUUAUGGCAACCAUUGAGGCCGUCAUCCACAUGGCCCGAGAGGCACCGCCUCUGCCCCCGCCCCCACCUCCCCCACUGCCUCCACCCCCACCCCCACCCCCGCCCCCUCCUCUGCCCAAGACCCCUCGAGGUGGGAAGAGGAAACAUAAACCUCAGCCUCCCGGGCAGCCUCCACAGCAGCCCCCGCCUCCAUCGCAGCAGCCCCUUCCCCAGGAAGAGGAGGUGAAGGCCAAAAGGCCCAGGAAAUCCCGAGGGAGCGAGAGUGAUGUCCUUGCCUAGGGCAAGUCUGGACCUCUGCACCCGAGGGCAAGGGAUUGACUGAUGCCUUGGAAGUGCAGUGCGCAGGAGCGGGGGCAGAUUCCCCCACUGCAGGGACACAGGCUGCCUUUCCUUCUAGAAGCUGGGCAGGCAGGAUUGGAUCAGAUGAGGGGGUUGAACCAUCCAUGGAUUGAGGGGGGGGGUGGGCAUCUUGGGAUUGCACUGGGCAGUUCUCAACUUAAGUGUGGCUGGAUUCUCUGCAGGAAGCAGAAGACCCCACCCAGAAGCAGGAAGCUGGUGCCCCUGCCAGCCUCUCUGAGCCCCUCACAUCCAAGAUGUCCCCUUGAUUCUGAGUUCGUUUGCUGCCCAGGAAAAUGCAAAGGGAAAAACACCCUCCAUUAGGAAACAUUCCACGGGGAGAAAGCUGCAGACUUGUCCACGGGCUUCUUUAUAACCCACUUUCACUUCAUUGGGUUUUGUUUUGUUCCUAUUUCUUUUUGCUUUCAAUCUCUGCUAGGCUUUGGGGCACUGAAGUCAUCCUCAAGGUGAAUCUUUCCGUUAACAAUACAGUUUCUCAGAUGGAAUCACGCAAUCAAGUGGUGGGCUCCUAGCGACAGGCGACCUCAAACCUGCAUUCACAUUCUUCCAUAGGCCUCCUCUAGUUCACACAUGCUGAAUUUGACAUCUUCUGUUCCUGCUUUUCCUUUGUCCACUGUACUUCCCCGUGCGCUUUUCCUUAACUCACUGCCCUUUUCUCGGUACGUGUUUAAAUAAUGUAAAUCUCACUUGUGUUGUAAAGUUCACCCUUAGCGUGCUAUCCCAAGGAACAUGGCUUUGAAUUCCAAUCAUUGUGAAACAGAUACUCAGUAUUGACAGAGCCCUUUUAAUAAGGGACUCACAGCAGCCGAGGGAUAUGUUGACCCAAGUCGUCAACCAGGUUAUUUUUAUGCUGAAAACAUAUCAGUAGAAAAUAGGCAGGAAAAAAAUAAUUUUAAUACCCCCACAGAAAAUGGAAUAACUGUCAAGUGACCAAAAAUUAAAAGCCCCAACCCAACAGAAGAAAAUUGUCUAGCAAUGCCCUAGUAUGUGAUUUUUUUCAUACAAAGCUGUCAUAGAUUGUUGAGAAACAAACAAAAAGACAAUAGAAGUCCAUUAUAUCUUGCUGAUUAUUUCUUAAAAACAAAAGGGAGUAAGUGUUCUUAUCUAAAAAAAUUAAAAACAAACAAAAAAAGUUCAAAGGGUAUUACCACUCCAAUUGUAUCAAGCCACCUUGGACCAAGUAUCCAAAUUGUGGUUGCCUUAAUACACUAAAACAUUUUUGUACAUAAUGUAAUUAUAAAUCUAUCAGUCUGCAUGGAUGCAAACUGUGUGUGACAAAUUGUCUUUUAAAUGGUCAAUUUCAACUGUACAUUUCUCAUCCAAGUUGUACACUAGCCAUUGGUUUAGCGUGGACAGAUAUUCUAUUACCCACAGCCCACGUAAAACAUGUUGUUAAGAAGACGCUGAAUGAAUUUAAAGUUAUCCCAUUCCCAUAGAUGUUUGUUUUUUUUAAGUCAUAUAAGUAUGCUCAAUUUCCUCCCUUAACUCUUCCCCUUACAUUUCCUAAGACAUCAGAAAUACCUGGAAUAGUAGAUUAUAGACCAAGGGACACAGACAGAGUGAAAUUUUCUAACGGGAAUUAGAAUAUCUGCUUUACCUCCAAAUUAAAAGUUUCUUUACAGGAAAUUGAGACCAUUUGGAAAUCGAGUUAUCACUUCACAAUGCAAUAUUAUUUCCUUAGAGAGAAAGGGGUCUUCGAUGUGAACAGAAAAGGAUGGGGUAUCUAUGGGAAUAAAUUUCAAAAUCCCAAGUUCAUAUGCUUGCAAGCAUCUCUGCUGUGUGAUGUUUGAAAUCACCUAAGAGUCAUCCCACAAAGCACCGUUGUCUCUGUGUUCUUCAUACCAUUUGCUGCCCACCAGGUCAGCCGCACAUAUCCUAGAGAUAUAUGUAGGUUUAAAAGAUUGUACUUUAAAGCUUAUAUCCUAGAUACUCAGUUUGUGACCCAGGUUGACCUAUGGCAUUUCACACAAGUUGAACACAAAAUCUAACCGCCAUUUUCAAUCUGUCAUUUUCAAGCCCUGUCUGAGCUGAUCCGAAGCCGCUGGAGAGGAAGGUUUAAAUUAGCCUCUCUCACCCUGCCAUUGCUAAGAAAGAGCAACCAUUUUCAUUCCAAUUAAGCCAUAAAGAGGUUUCUCUUCCUGUUGGAUUUGGAAACUCAUUUCCUUCAUUUCUUUUCUUUUGCCCUUUGUCCUUCCUGUGUCAUACAGGCUCCCAACACCAUUCUGUAAAUGGACAAAAUCUUCUUGUGGAACAGUAAUCCAGAGCUAGGAAAAUUCAGAAGAAAACCCCAAGUUUAAUUGGCACUACCCUCAAAUAAGUAAGGAACUCCAGAUAACUUUGGAAUAUACUAGAAUUUCCAAGGCAACCAAAGAUAUUGCUGGAGAGAUACAGUGGAGGGAAUUGCACCUCACUCACGGACAGGGGUCUCUUCCACACGGGAGGCCCUGAGAAUAUUUUUGGCAAAUUACAGAGGACCAAAACUGAGUUAUGUUAAAUAGGGCCUUGUAGGUGGGAGCAAGUCCAGUCACUCUUAACUAUCACCCCAUGACUCCAUGUUACAUUGCUUUUGUUUUUCCUUCUGUCUCUCCUGAACUUGACUCACCUCAUGAGUGUACUUUCUUCCUCAUUCUCUGACUACCUUCUUUUCUUAACCUCUCCUUAACCUGCCCAGGCUCCCCAUGGGCAAAUCAAGUUUUACAUUUAGGUAGCUGCAGAACCAGGAAGAGAACCUAGCUCUUUCAAUCUAGAAUUUGGAGGUCUUUACUCACACAACAUUGCCUUUCGCCACCCAAGACUGCCUUGUGGUGCUGCAUUUUUAUUUUGAGAGGAGGUCAUUUGAGAUGCACAAGACUAAACAUUUGCAAUGUGGAAAUAUUUUGUAUUAAGAAACAACCACUGGCUUUUAUUUCCUUUUCUUAUUCUGAAAUACUCACCUUCAUUAUGCAAGAAUGAACCCACCUAUAGUAUAAGAAGUUUUAUUAAGGAUGAGAAGAUGAUGAAAUCUAGACUGGAAAGUUCCUUAAAGGUACUGAUGAAUCUUUAAUUCACUGUACUAAGGGGCUACUAGUUUAUUAAUCCCUCAUCGCAAAUGAAAGGAGUUGAAAUUUUAUUUCCUGAAGUAACCCAGGUCUGGCUACAACCCAAGGAAGAAAGGUCAAAUGAAAGGAGAGAAUGUAGGGUUGCUUUAUGACUUGGCAAGUCUAGGACUCGGCAGCCAAUAGCAGCCCAGGGAAGGUGACAAAGGACUGAAAGAAAAUUACUGUGACUUGGCUACUGUCUGGAAUGGAAAGCCAUGUUCAGUGGCAGCCAGAAUUUGUGUUCUGCACAUUGCUGGGUCUAUAAAUACGAUAAGCAAGUGGUGACAGAAUUAUAGUAUAAGGUGAUGUAUUACAUGGAGAUCAUAAAGGAUUUGGUAUUAGGACUUAAGUAGAAGAAAAUCCCACGCCUAGCUUAUUACCCAACAAUAUUUAGAUAAUGAGCUUUUGAAGACUAUUUUUCCCCUAUCACUAAGAAGAUUUACCUGGGAACUGUCUAAAGUCUAUCCAUACAUUUCCAAAGCCUUUAAAUGCCAACCGUAGUGUGGAGAGAGGGUGGCAGGAGCUGAAAUGCCUCAAAAGCCAUUUAAGUGUUACGUCGCGGGAUUUUUCAGUCCUACUCAUUAUGUAAAAGUAGAUAAAUCUAGACAUUUUCCCUCAACACUACCCUAUCGUAUCACAAUGGUCCAAAUGCCAGAGCAUAGAGAUAAUGUCAUCACAGUGCCUAGAAACUCAAACUGUAAUAUACCGUAGCAUUUUCUUGGUGUUUCUUAAAAGUUUCUUUCCACAAUACAAGGCUCCGUCUGCCUCUUGUUUCUUGGAGAGUUCACCCCACUGAGGAGUCUGCCAUCCCUAUUGGAUGCAGUCACUUGGGGAACAGUCUUAGAAGCACAUAUCAACCAAGGAAGAAACUUCCUGGAUACCUAAUGCCCACUUGCCCAGGUAUAAUAAACACUACAGGGGGGGAAAUUGCAAUGAGCUGCCAGCUGAUCAACUGGGAAAGGCAGUUCCACCCUAGAUUGGUGUCUUUCUCUUUCUUCCUUUUUUAAAAAAAAAUCUAUUUCUUAAAUAAUAAUAAAUGCACAUGAUGUGUUAAAUAUGUACAUAUAUAUUUCAAAAAAUGGGGCACAAGAUUGUCUUACAAGUCGUGCUGGCUAAUUUUUAGUUUGUAUUCAUAAGUGGUUUUUAAAAGCCUUUUUUAAAGUGUAAUUUGCAUGUUCUACUUUGAUUGUAUGUAAACAUAUUUUAGAACAAAAAAUGUAUUUGUAUUUUAUUGAAUAUAGAGGCAAGAAAAUUGUACAUUGUUUGAAAUGUUCUUUUUGUAACAGUUUUUAUUCAUAAAGCAUUUUUGUACAUUUAAAAUGAACAUGGACUUGCUGUCACUUGAGGCGUAGCUACACCUGGCAUGCUUUACUGUCAUGCUCCUCAUGGUAUUAGAUGUUGGGUUUUAAACAUUUUUUUCUAAAAGAAAGCUCAGUCCUUUUUGCUACCAGAUCAGGUUAGCACAGUAUAGAGCACUUAACUAUUAAAAAAAAGUUAAUCCUAUUCAUAUGUUAUUCAUUGUGUGAAAUUAAAGACAUUCAAUUCAGUCUAA